AUGGCGGUCCCUACGAAGUUGUUUUGCCUGGAACAGUUUCCAGCUCAUUUACACCCUUUACAGGCGGCCGUGUGUAAGCCACAGUUCGAUCGGAUCUUUUCUGACAGUACUGAAGUCUCCUGUGUGUUGUUAUUAUCAUGUGUGGAAGCUCAACACUCUAUAAAGUCGGAUAUUUUGGUGUGUGCCAGGAUUACAGGUGAGGAGGAGCUGUCCGGCUGCACUGUGGUCAGUAGUAACAGUAGCAGCAGCUCUGUGAUAGUGUAUGUGAGUAAAAGCUUUCUCAAUCACUAUGCUCUAACUGAAGAAACAUCUGGAACUGUACGUAUGUUUAAACCUCUGCCCCUGAGCAGGGUAAUUAUCGGUGCCAGAACUAAGCAGAGUUUUAGAUGGGCAUCUUCUGAUGAGUUCUCUAGCUUCCUGCUUCUGUUGGCAUCCUGUCCUGACCAGACUCUGCUUGUAAGGAGGGGAGAUUUUCUAAUCCUGCCCCACCACCCUUCACUUGCUGAUGAUGCCACUCAGGUGUAUCAUUAUCUCUCUGAUUUGGUGGUGUUGGAUUGUACCCCUCUCAGCCAGGGCACGAUCACUGUAGACACUACUGUAGUAAUCUCUGAUUGCAGGGAUCUUUGGCAUAGCCAUGGCACUGACUCUGGCAUCAACCUUUCCCACAAAUCCUUGUUCGUCUCAGAUUUCGCCCACUAUGCCAACAGUCUUGGCCCAGGAAGCUCCUUGUUAAGCAACAGACUCCUGCUUAGUUCAGGCAUCACUGAGAUUCUUCAAGCCCUGGAGUGCAGGCUGGAUGUCCAGGUUGUAUUUCAGAGUGCCAGGCUUUCCAGCUUGGCAAAGUUUGCAAUAAAAGGAAAACAAGAUGCCAAAGUAGACAUAGACAGUGCCAUUUUUGUGAGCAAGAACCUGUUGCUGAAGCUGGGGUUGUUUAAUAAAGAGUGGGUCAUGUCUGCACUGGGUCAACAAGAGAAGAUAAAAGGUUUCUCAGGAACAGAAGGGUCACAGAGUCCUUCUGAAAAUGAAAGCAGCUCCAGGGUCAGUGUUGGAGGAGACGGACGACUGGUCAAAAUUGUGGCAUUUAAUAUGGACAGGUUCUCAGACAUGGAUGUCAGUGACAACACAGGUUACAUCUCACCUGUUCUGUGGUUUAAUUUAUCUAAUGGAGAAGCAGCACCAGUUGGCAGCAAAGCUGUCAAAAUAAAGAGAUGGAAGGUACAAUUUCCGACAGAAUCAAAACUGUCUGCCAGCGCAUGUUGUUCUGCUGCACCUCCGUAUGCCAAAGAACUACACAUCGAAGCCGUUAUAUCUCCAGACUACAACUCCCACGGACCCUUUGACAACAUUCUUUAUAAGCACUUCAGCACACCCAGGCUUGUCCAGCAGGGUUGUGUGAUGGGGAUCCCAUCUCAAGGACACCCUGAUGUCAUGGAAGCCAAUUCCGAAGGAAUCACAAGAUGGCCAGUGUUGUAUUUUAAAGUAAAGCAGGUAAAGGGCUUUUCUGAGGAGGACCGCGAGGUGGAGUCGUAUCUGGCAGACACAGAUCACACUUCUUUGUAUAUGAGAGGUUCCACCAAUAGCCUGGCACCAUGUUCCAUCUCAGAACCUGGUUCAUCAUUUUGGACGAGUCUCUCUCCUCCUGGACUCUCUGAUUCAGUCGAGCAGUUGUGUACAAUCAUCCAGCCGUACCUCACAGAAAGGUGUGCUGCAUUGAAACGGGCUUGUACUGUUCUCCUCAUGGGUCCUGAUGGGAGUGGAAAGGUCACCAUGAUAAAGGCAACCUGUCGAAGACUUCAUCUGCAUCUAUUAAAGGUGGACUGUGUGACUUUAUGUGCAGACACUGCAGCUGCCUGUGAGACCAAGAUGAAGGCUGUGUUCCAAAGAGCUGAGCUCCAUCAUCCCUGUGUGCUUUUGCUCAGGAACCUACAGGUACUUGGUCAGCGGCGAGACAGCGCUGAAACAGACUCGAGAGUGGCUUCUACCCUUUGUCAGCUCAUAGCUGAUGUCCACUCAAGUGUUAUUGUGGUCGGCUGUGUGAAAGGUCAGCAGGUUUUAUCCUCGGAUGUGAUGCCAGCCUUUGUGCACCAGGUGGUGAUAGAGAGUCCAUCUGAGGAGCAAAGGAAAGCUCUGCUCUCCAGCCUCAGUGAGAAGCUUCCUCUAGCCAAAGAUGUCAAUGUGGCCAAGCUGGCUAAACAGACAGCAGGGUUUAUUCUGGGUGAUUUCUGUGCACUCCUUACUGAAGCUGGUAAAGCAGCUCAUCUGCGUCUGCUGAACACUUAUUACCCACAUGGGGCCAGUGUUCAGGAGGAGGACGACUUGUGUGUGUGUGGUGUGACCAUCACGGCCGUCGACUUUACCACAGCACUGGAGACCCUGCAGGAGGCUCAUUCACAGGCCAUUGGAGCUCCAAAGAUCCCAUCUGUGAGGUGGCAGGAUGUGGGAGGUCUGCAGCAGGUAAAAAAGGAGAUCCUGGACACCGUCCAGCUCCCUCUGGAUCAUCCAGAGCUGCUCUCUUUGGGUUUAAGACGUUCGGGUUUGCUGCUGUACGGACCACCGGGCACCGGCAAGACACUGCUGGCCAAAGCUGUAGCCACCGAGUGCUCCAUGACCUUCCUCAGUGUGAAAGGACCGGAGCUCAUCAACAUGUAUGUUGGCCAGAGUGAGGAGAACAUCAGAGAGGUGUUUUGCAAAGCUCGCAGUGCUGCUCCCUGUAUUAUCUUCUUCGACGAGCUGGACUCUUUGGCUCCUAACCGCGGGCGCAGUGCUGACUCAGGCGGAGUGAUGGACAGGGUUGUUUCUCAGCUCCUGGCUGAGCUUGAUGGGCUGCACUCAUCCGGUGACGUGUUUGUGAUUGGAGCGACCAACCGACCUGAUUUACUGGACCAAUCCUUACUCAGACCUGGCAGGUUUGAUAAAUUAGUUUAUGUUGGGAUUAAUGAAGACAAGGAGUCAAAGCUACAGGUUCUCAAGGCUAUAUUACGAAAGUUUAAGCUGGAGCCCAGUGUUAGCCUGUCAGAAAUAGUGGAGCGAUGCCCACUUCAGCUGACAGGGGCCGAUCUUUACGCGCUCUGCUCUGAUGCCAUGACGUCUGCUGUUAAGAGGAAGAUUUUGCGUAUAAGUGAAGGUCUGGAGUCGGAGGACACUGGCAUUGUGCUUUGUGCUGAGGAUUUCAGCCAAGCCCUGGACAUCCUGCAGCCAUCAGUUUCAGAGCAAGAGCUACAGAAGUACAAACUCAUCCAGCAGAAGUUCACUGUAAAGUAACACCACCGUCACCAGCAGCAAACUGACUGAAACUGAACUUUUCAGUUCAUCACCCAGUUGGUUCUACAUUCCCCGGUCUCACAGUGUUACUCUGAGAAUUGACCAGUUCAGAUCUACACCAGCUGGGAAAUGAAACUGUUCCCUGUGUGGCGUCGAUAGAGAUGUUCACUGUGUUCAGGAACGUCUACAAAAACAAUGUAAUGUAAAAUUGCUAUACUUGAGCCUUCAUUGUUAGAUAUAUGAUAAAGAAAUGGAAUGGCAUGGUGGCACAGCUGGUAAAGUAGAUGCCACACAGCAGUAUGGUCCAGGAGACCAUUGGUCAAUCCCUGCCUCUGAAAUUAUUAUCUUUUAGGAUAUGUACAUGUAUGCUGUCUCUCAAAAACAUGCAGAAAGUGGAUUGGCUCUUCUAAACUGCCUCUAGGUUUGUGUGAAUGAGUGAUUGUGAUGGAUUGGCUCCUUAUCCAGAGUGUUUUCCUUCUCUGCAACCACUUUUUUGACACUACUUUUAACCCAAAUUUCAUCAGAUAAGCUACACUGUGUGUUACUGUACCAGUGGUAGUGUGUUUAUUAAACAUCCUACAGUGAGAAGUGAUUAAGAACUCAUGCUGUGCUCAUGCGUUAGGCUCUGCCUUCAGCUGGCAGAGGUUUAGAAUUACAGUUUGGACUCCCUAGUAAGAUUUAAUUCCUACCUCCAGUUUCUCCAGAUUAUUCUCAUUAGGAACAAAAUUCUGGCAUCAAAAGGCAAUUCUUUAUUAAUUUACUUGAAAGUUUAUUAACAGUCCUAAUAAUGAGUCAAACGGCUGUAGCUGUACUUUGCCAAAUCAAACCUGAAGGAAUAUAAGGUUACAAUUUUUUGGUAAGUGGGAGUGUAAUUUAUUUGAUUAUUAAUUUAAUUUGCUAUGCAAAUGUGAAUUCUGUGUAAUAGAAGAGACUAAGCAGUAGUCUUGGUUUACUAAUUGUCUGUAAUUGUAAAUAAAAAGCUGAAUUGAAAGCAAUAGAAAGAAUAUGGA